GGGGUUGUUUCAAACCUGGGCUGUAACUUCAACUUUCAUCACAAAAAAAAAAAAUGUUCAAAUCUGCUCCUAAAAGUAGAGACAGACCCUGACUGGUAUGUGAGUCCUUAGGAGAAAAGCCUGCUGGUAAAAGGCCCUUGCUCCCAUGCUACUUUUGGACUCUCCUGCAUUCAGAUGGCCCAAUAUAUGAAAGUUAAUAGGGCAGUAUGAGUUCUUGAACAAAUAAUGGUACCUUACUGUUAAUCGCUAUAGUCAUGGCACUUCCAGGAAAGUCUUUUCCCUUGUGACAAAUUCAGAGAAGAAACUUACAAUUUCCCUUUUUAGUUUAGCCUCUACCCUGGAAAGAGAAAAUAAAUCCAUUCUUAAAGCAGAGAGCUCUUACACUUUUGAGGUCAGCCUGCAGGCUCCAGCACAAAUGGCCAUGUGUUUUCAAACCUUUUUUUUCCCAACAUCCUCUUCAAGCAUCGUUUAUUCAAUAUAUAAGUAUGAAACACAAAAUCAGGUCAGACUCUCUGAUUGGGUCAAUCAACUUCACUGUUCCUCCAUACUUUUUUUUUUCAUCUCUAAGGAAACAUCGUUUUUGUAGAUCAACAAAAAACCAUCAAUCAUUUUUAAAAAGUGUGUAAAACUUGACACCAGAGUCAAUCACACCUCCUCACAACAAACAAGUAUUUGUCCUUUUCUUGCUCAGGAUGCUCUGAAAAUAUUACUCAAUCGCUCCCAAACUAGGACUCCUUGCUUAAAAUUACAGUCAAAUACUCCUUAAGACUUUAAACAGUGCAAGUGCAGGGAAGCUAAUUCAUGAGCUAGGAAAUUCUCCCUUGGGUAGGAUGUCACAGAGUGCUCCGAACUGUGCUCAAGGAUUUCCAAAGGGUCUACUUUUGUGCAAAUUUAGCUGCAACAAGUCUUGCUGUUGUGAUACUUCUUCUACCAGCUGUGUCUCUCAUAGUCCUGCAUGUCAUCAAGGAGCACUCUUGACUACACAACUCUUGACUAUCUCAUGCACAAACACGCUCACAGAAACAUGUGUUUGGAAUAACAAGCAGUGGGGUGAGAGGUUAUCAAGUUAUGCAACAUUUAUUUAUUUUUGAUGUCAUUAGUGUUAUUAGCCCGCAGGAAGAGAAACCACUUGGGGUUCAGUCAUGUUUUAGUGUUUAAAACAACGUGUAUGUGCGCGUGAGGACACACAGCAUCCUGUGUGCCAGCUCUCUUGUUUCCCUUGUUAUAUGCACAAUGCCAGCACACGACUUUCUCUGUAUCCAUAACAAUUUCAAGUCCCAACACCCAGUCCUUCAUUUGAGUACUUGUGCCCCGCAAUGAGAAAAAUAACAAAUGCUUUGAGAUGUUCCUAAAUUUAAACUCUGGACAGGAAGUGAGUUUGUGUCUGUUUCCUGUUGCAGUAUUGUUUCUCCCCAGGGAUCGGUCGUUUGGGAUUGUUCACCCUAACAAUGGAGCUGCAGUGAGUAUUGUUGCAUUGUUUCGUUUUCAUUCCCCUGUGUUUAGUUGACCUCAUGUCAUGGCUGCCCCAUCAAAGCCCACUGAAGGACAGGGGAAAUGGGCAGAGUGCCGGCUGUGAGGCUGGAGUCAAUUAGAGGGCUGGUACCACUUACAACUUUUCAGUAUGUGUGAGCCUGUUUGUGUACAUGAGGUGAUGUGUUUCUAUCAGAUUGUUCUUGUUAAAUUGAGUUAUUUGUUGUCAGGAUGAACAACAAAUGCAAGUUUCUUUUACAGCUUUGACUGGACCUACGUACAGUAUUUUUUAUUUUUGUGGAAGUAUUCCUUUACCUUUUUAGGAUUAGGGUUUGCAAAAGUGUAUGACUGAUCACACAUGCAGGAGCAGACUCUGGUACAGGAGGUACUCUUGUGUACUCAUGUGUAGUCUGAAUAGUAACCAUAAAUGUCAAGUUUGCUGUGGGUAAAUCUGUGACCAAAAGCAAACACAACGGAAUAUGCUUUAAUGGCAUCCCAGAUCUUAUGGGUGGUAAUCUGAAUAGGAUUUUCUUUAUUAAAAGACAUCUGCAAACAAGUGCAGCUAAGAAUGACAUUUUUACCAUCAAAAACAUCUGACAGUACAAUAUUUCAGUCAAGUAUCUGUCUUUAGUUUGUAUGUUUUCCUGUGUAAGAUUGCCCAGAAACAUUACCUCAAAAGGUCAUGGGAAGCUCGUAUCCUAAUAUUGUUCUUAUUCCUUUGCCUAUAACAAUGUUGAUGGCUGUUUUUGUCAGCAUUAAGGUAUCUGGCUCUUCUGAAGUUCCCACUCUGCGUAAUGGAUUUUUUUCAUCCUUUCACUGUCUCCGUGGGAAUUUGAACUUCCCUGACAAAUGUGAGAUUAUUUAAAAGUUUAUUAUUUGCCUUCCUGACUGUGUGUGUGUGCAUAUAUUUGACCUACCUGUGUUCCUGGAUUCUAUGUGUAUUAUUUUAUGUGCUUGUUUAACAGGGGAUGUGGUGCCCUUCCACCAAGCAGACGGCUCUAUUGUUCCUGCAACACAGGGAACACCGUCUCCAGCCUGUCCACUCAGGAUGUCAGAUUGAACCUCCUUUUUUAAAAAAAAAAAAAAGGAACUGCCAGCAUCACCCGCACCCAUUAUCCCUAUCAUCCAGAAAGAACAAUGGAGCACCUCCACACAUCCCUUCCCAGGAGCCUCCGUGUUCAGUUCCCACAGUACUGUCCAGGUCUGCGGAGCUGAGCCAUUGUUAGACGUCCGACCUGUCCUCUGAUUGUUCCCUAGAGGACACACACACCUUUUACACACCUAAACACACAAUGACACAUCUUGUUAGCUCUCUCUCUCUUACAGUUUAAUUUUGCUGCAGCCUCACAUGCACCUCUACAUCCUUGUUCAGAUAGAAACAUCCAGCAGCUUGAAGUAAUCAUAACCCUCUCGUACACUAGAGGGGAGCGGGUCAUUGCACACUAAAGAGAGGAUUUCAUGCUGAUGGCUGCUGAUAACACAACAAUCCACAUGUUUUGCCAAUGUAAAUCUUCACAUCAUAAUCUCCCUCUAUUACACCAACAGGCAGGGCGACAUAGCAGAACUUCUGUCUGCACGCUAGGAAGGUUUCAUCCACUAAGAGAGCGCUCCAGGGCGAGAAGGACCUUUUUGGUUACUGUAGGACUCGAGUUGUGGUGUCAAAACUACUUGUGCGAAGUCACGUGACUUGGUUUAAAGAGCUUCAUAAAGUCAUGUAGCAUUUUACGGCACCAAUAACUUCUCUGUCUUUAAUCAGCGAUGGAUUUUUAUUAAAGUUUUACCUCCCGACCACAUCACUGCUCUUGUUUUUAAUAAUGAGGACAAUAAAGGUUUUAUUGAGUGAAUAUGUGGAAACUUUUCCCUCCCUUUCUGCCCACAAAUGCCGUG